CAGAUUUGUUAAAAUUUUAAAAUAAAUAUAUUUAUAUUUUAAAUGAAAAGAUAUCAAAAGAUACUAUGAUUAAAAUAUUUUAAAAAUUAUAUUUAUUAUUAGUCUGAAUUAAAAUAUAGUAUGAAUUUUUAUGAAUAGGUCCAUUAGGUCUAUUUUUAAAAAAAAUCACACAUGAAUCAAAGUUGUGACUUCUGUUUUAAUAUGUAAGAUAUUCGAACAUACACAUAACAAUAUAUCUGAACCGGCUUCAGAGCAAACCCGAUCAAAUACACGGACCGAUACUAGUCAACCCAAUCAAAAUCAAACUCAUCAGUCAUCACAAAGUCAAUCCACCAAUAACUAAGUUAAAACGUAUACUUUAUUUCAAAUAUUGGAGCUUGAUUUUUUUCCUUUAUUCAGUUAUAUUGAAGAGUUAAGAUCACAAAUCCAAAAUCCCAAAAGAUGUAAAUAAACCAACAUUUAAGCAAAAUUGGGUAAUUUGAACAAUUUGAUUAUUCCAAAAAAAAAAAAAAAAAAUUUUAAACACUUUUAGUUUCAAUCCAUAAAAAGGCAAAGUUCAAACAACCCGCUUAAAAAAAACUAUAUAAAUCUAAAGAAAUCACCAGUAGGUAGAUAUAAUCUAAAAAUGUUCAUAAAAAAAGCAAAGUUCAAAAAACCCAAAACAACAUAUAGAUAGAAUCCACCAAAAAUUAAAACAAUACCAACCAAUAAACUGGUUUUUGUACUAAUUCUCAAGGCAUAAGCAGUAUUGACCAGCCUCUUCAUUGAGUAGUUGUUGCAGCAAAAAGAAAACAUUAUGAGCCAAAGAAGACUGUGAUCUCUUUUUAUCGCUUCACUCUAUUUCGCAAGUGAGAGUAAUUCGACUUGUGCAAAAUAGCAUCAUGAACAUGAACAAUGGGUACAUAAAAAUGACAUUGUUAUGUUGUAUGUUUAUUACCGAUAUAGAAGAUCCAAAAUUAGGGGCUAAACUGUUAAAACAUCAGUUCAAAUCCUCAAUUUGGCUCUUCUUUUUAUCCACAGUAGUGGCUUGAAAAAAAAUUCAGAUUUUCAGGAUCCGUCUCUAUAAAAUAACUUCUCACCAAUUCUGACCUAUGAUAACAAGGACCAUUAACUUACUAAAAAACCGAGUAACAAUAGCAAAACUUACUUGGUUAAGACUCCGACAGAGUCAUCUUCCGCAUCCUAACCACAAUCAAUAAAAGGAAAUAAUGAACACGAAAGAGGGAAAUACAAAAUUAAAUUAAAAUGACCGUUACAAAUUCUUACAAGAAAAGGAAAUAAUAAGAGAGGUAAAAAAAGGAAAGUGAAGAUUGGCAUUGACGCGUUAAUGUUACGGCCUUUUCUCUUAUAAAUACAAACAUCAAUCCACCAACACACCAUUCUUCUGUCACGAUACAAUCUCUGAUCUCUCUCUGUGUUCCGACACAAUAUCUAACGACUCAUCUCCGACUUUGUUGUGUUGUUCAACUUCAAGGAAGAAGAUGGAAACUAGCUCACUCAAAGUAGAAAUCAGUGCACAGGUAACGUCUCCAGGUCCGUCCUUAGGGUUAUUAAACUCUGUCUUCAUUAGUCAAAUUCGGGAAAUCAAAGAGUUUCUUGUAGAUGAGAGCGAUUAUGGUAACAUAACGAGUCUCGGCUCUUACCUCGAUUCUUCUUCCUUUCCCGACAUGCUAUCGCUUCUCACGUUCAAAGACUUCGAACCAACCACAGUUCAUCAGCAAAUCAAGACCCGUUUCAACGACCUUGUCUUGUCCCGACUUAUCACGGAUCGGAUUGUUCUCGAAUCCCAACGGAAAGACUUGCCACAAGGACCCUUGUUGAUCACGCUAUUGGUCACAUUUACAAGGAAAGAGUACACAGUGGCGCCUUUUAGUUAUGCUCCUUGGAUGACAGAGAAACUAGCAGGAUCUUGUGCGAUUUGUCUAGAGGAGAUGUCGGAGGAGUCGGAAUGUAUGGAUGUGUUUCAUGACGAUUGCUUGACCGAUUGGUUAGAUCGACAUGACCCUUUAAUCAACAAACUGAGUGAAGCUUUGAGGAAGUAAUGAUCCGUGUGUUGCAAGUCUAAUUAGGGAUUUUCUUUUAAUGUUUGGUUCAAUUAGGGUUUCAAUUCUCAAAAAAAAAAAUUGUAUUGAUCUCGUUCGUAAUUUUGUUGGCAAAAAGUAUAAUUUUUAAUGAUCUUUAGUUUGCUUUAAUUCUCGCCUUAAAACUCAUAAAAUUUCAUUGCCUUCCUAUCUGUACCAAAACACAAGUUGUGUUACAUAACUAACAAAUGGGUGUCAAUUUUUCAUCUUAUGCAACUAUUAACUUGCUAAAAUUGUUUUUUGAAACUUGCUAAAAUUGUUGAACAAAAAAAGGAAUGAGUUUCAUCUGAUUUGGCAUUAGUCGCCCCCAUCAGUAUCCUGCAUUUAAAAGGUCUAAUACAUUGAGCAUAAGACACCAUUCUAACUAGAGACUGAGAAGAAAUAUACAAAGCCUUUGGUGCACACUUUUAUUUCCAACCAACCCAUAUGUACCAAGUCCCGUUAAUAUAUAUACU